AUGCAAAAGUUUAAUGCCCACGGGAGCGGCGCGCUUCCCCGGUUGACUGACAGUGACGGGGCCGCGGAAGGGAAGGAGAACGGGGCUGGAAAGCAUUUCCUCAGCAAACCCGAGAUGGAGAAAGAGGACAGCUCCAUCUGCAACAAGAGGAAAAUGCUCGUCGGCUUGGAUUUAAUAUGUCUAUUUGUCGCCUCCAUCCCAUUCUUUGCGUGCGAGCUGAAGGCAGUGAAACCGUACCGGCGAGGAUUCUUCUGCGGGGACACCAGCAUAACGUACCCGUACGUGGAGAGAGAGGCUAUCCCAGAUGGUCUGCUCAUCGCUGGUGGAAUUGCCAUCACCGGCCUCACGAUUGCACUGGGCGAAUGUUACCGGGUACGUUUCCGAAACGUGCGCUCGAGGGCUUUUGUCAGCAACCGCUACGUGUCCUGCCUGUACAAAGAGCUGGGGAGCUUCCUAUUCGGUUGCUGCGUGGGUCAGUCGCUCACCAACAUGGCCAAGCUAAGCGUGGGACGCCUGCGACCGAACUUCCUGUCCGUCUGCAAUAUCACUUACGCGUCCAUCAACUGCAUGCCGGGCAGCUACGUGUCCCAGGUGAACUGCCGGCAGCCCAUCCAAAAGAUGGUCGAGGAGGCGAGGAAGUCAUUCUUUUCCGGCCACGCAUCCUUCGCCAUGUACACCAUGCUGUAUCUAGCAUUUUACCUGCAGGCUCGGUUGUCGUGGCGAGGAGCCCGACUGCUGCGCCCUCUAGUACAGUUCAUCUUGGUGAUGAUCGCCAUCUACACCGGGUUGAGUCGCAUCUCGGAUUACCGUCACCACCCUACCGACGUUCUCACAGGGUUUAUUCAAGGAGGGCUCACUGCCUACUGGGUGGCCUUUCACAUCUCCUCAAUGUUUAAGCCUUGCACCCGUCCAGACCUGUCUCCCACCAGCACGUCCCUAGAAAGUCCUCUAUCCAGCCAGCAGACUAUGUGUUAG